CCCACUGCUAUCGACACCAGAAAUACGACAACUUCCUCAAGGAUUCAUCGUGUGACGUCAUUUCCGGCGCCAUGAUGAGAACAGCUUCUGUAUGCGGUGGAUCCGUUACCAAGAGAACAGCAGUCUUCAUCACAUGCACAGCCAUACCCUUCCUACUGUACAGUGUGGUCGUCCUCUCAAUGACGUUACCUGGCCACUGUUGCGACAAUGGCUAUAAUGAAGUUACUGGUAAUUUUACUAUGGCGGAGGACGAGGCAGUAUCAGUGUCCUGGUUUUUGUCUGGUUAUGCUGCCCUGUCCGUGGGUGUGUUGUUUCUGGUAACGGGAAGUGUGUUCUUGUGCCUCAUUUACUCCAAACGCGAAAAUUCGGAACCACAGAGCCUCGAUUCGAUUCGGCAACAAGAAGCAUAUCCACGUCAGGUAGGCGUACAGCAUACUCAGCCAGGAGUAUAUCCACACCCCACUCAGCCAGGAGUAUAUCCACACCCCACUCAGCCAGCAUAUCCACAACCUACUCAGCCAGGAGUAGACCCACAGCUUACUCAACCAGGGUUAUACCCACAACAUACCCAAGAAGGUGAAUAUCCACUUACAGUUAAUAAAUAGAAAAGAACACCAGUAUUUAUCCUAGCACUUUCAAAACUGCAUGUUGAUCCUUUCAAUAGACCUGGGGAGGUAUUCACGAAUAUCUGAAAGGUUUCUUUUAACUUCCCUUAAAACUACAGCCGUCAAGAGAUUCCCAACCAGAAGUUUAGCGACUAAAAAUGCAAAGAAACUAAAUUAUACACAGAAUCAACAUACAAAGCUGAAAAAAGUAUGUUCAAUUUGAA